AUGGGGAGUCUGCAGGGCCUGGGCCAGUCACGGGCUGGCCUCUGCCUGCUCAUGGCCGCGCUGCAGCUUCUGCCCCGGACGCACGCGGACCCUGUGGAUGUGCUGAAGGCUCUGGGUGUGCGUGGGGGCCAGGCGGGGCUCCCUGAGGGGCCUGGCUUCUGCCCUCAGAGGACCCCGGAGGGCGACCGGGCAUUCAGGGUGGGGAAGGCCAGCACACUCAGUGUUCCCACGUGGGAGCUCUUUCCAGAUGGACACUUUCCUGAGAACUUCUCUGUGUUGGUCACUCUGCGGGGCCAGCCAGGCGUCCAAUCCAUCCUUCUGUCCAUUUACGAUGAGAUAGGUGCCCGGCAGCUGGGACUGGUGCUAGGGCCAGGGCUGGGCCUCCUAGGUGACACUUUCAGUCACUUCCCUCAGCAAGUCAACCUUACAGAUGGCAGGUGGCACCGUGUGGCAGUCAGUGUGGAUGGCAGGAUGGUGACCCUGGUGGCUGACUGUGAACCUCAGCCCCCCAUAUUGGGCCAAGGACUUCGAUCCAUCAGCACAGCUGGACUCACUGUGCUGGGGACCCAGGACCUGGGGGAGGAGACUUUUGAGGGAGAGAUUCAGGAGCUGCUGAUUUGUUCAGAUCCUCAAGCUGCCUUCCAGGCCUGUGAGCAAUACCUUCCUGGUUGUGACGACCGGGACUCCUCCAUCACAGUGGCACCCCAGGGUGAACCAGAAACCCCUCCCCCUCGACGGAAGGGCAAAGGGAAAGGGAAAAAGAAAGGCCGAGGUCGUAAGGGGAAAGGCAGGAAGAAGAAGAAAAAAGAAACUGUGACCUUGAGUCCAACUCCUGCCUCCCUGGAGAACCAGACCUCUGCUGACAUCCUCAAGACAGUAAUGCCAUCUCCAGCUCUGCCUCCAACUCCCAUGUCUUCUUUGGUCAUCACCACCACUGCAUCUACUGGCCACAAUGUCACCAUUCUAGAGGGAAGCCUGGACCCUGACAAUGGAAUGGAGCCAGAGACCCUGAAGACUGAGUCAGCCAUGGAGAGUGAAGAAAGAGGUAGCCUCGCCACAGAUCCCUUCUUCCGGGCAGCUGAGCAGUCAUCAAGGACUCAGUUCCAGAUCUUUCCUGAAGCUGGACAGAAAGGAGCGAAAGGAGAGCCGGCGGUGAUUGAACAGGGGCAGCACUUUGAGGGACCUCCAGGAGCCCCAGGACCCCAAGGGGUGGAUGGCCCCUUGGGCCCUCCUGGUCCCCCAGGAUUUCCUGGAGACCCUGGGUUACCGGGCCCUACUGGCCUCCCAGGGACCCCUGGCAUUGAUGGAAUCCGGGGCCUACCAGGCACUGUGAUCAUGAUACCGUUCCAGUUUGCAAGCAGUUCCCUCAAAGGACCUCCAGUCUCCUUCCAGCAGGCCCAGGCUCAGGCAGUACUGCAACAGGCUCAGCUCUCCAUGAAAGGUCCCCCUGGCCCAGUGGGGCUCACUGGGCGCCCAGGCCCUACGGGUCUUCCUGGGUAUCCAGGUCUGAAAGGAGAGAUGGGAGAAAUGGGACCACAGGGUCCCCGAGGCCUUCAGGGGCCCCCUGGUCCCCCUGGACGAGAAGGAAAGAUGGGACGCUCUGGAGCAGAUGGAGCUCGGGGCCUCCCAGGGGACACGGGACCCAAGGGUGAUCGGGGCUUUGAUGGCCUUCCAGGGUUGCCUGGUGAGAAGGGCCAAAGGGGUGACUUUGGCCAUGUGGGACAACCUGGUCCCCCAGGAGAGGAUGGUGAGAAGGGAGGACAGGGACCUCCAGGGCCCACUGGCCAGGCUGGGGAGCCGGGUCCUCGAGGAGUGAUUGGCCCCAGGGGUUCCCCUGGCCCCCCAGGACGCCCGGGUGUAGUUGGGAUUGAUGGUGCUCCAGGUGCCAAAGGAAAUGUGGGUCCUCCAGGAGAACCAGGCCCUCCAGGACAGCAGGGAAACCCUGGGUCCCAGGGAAUCCCUGGCCCCCAGGGACCCAUUGGCCUUCCUGGAGAGAAGGGUCCCCCUGGGAACCCAGGAAUUCUAGGUCUUCCAGGAGCUGAUGGCCCUCUGGGUCACCCAGGCCAUGAGGGCCCCACAGGAGAGAAAGGGGCCCAGGGUCCAACAGGGUCGUCAGGCCCUCCAGGCUAUCCUGGACCUCGAGGUGUGAAGGGCACCUCUGGCCACCGAGGCCUCCAGGGGGAGAAAGGAGAGAAGGGAGAAGAUGGCUUCCCAGGCUUCAAGGGUGAUGGGGGCCUUAAAGGUGAUCGGGGGCACCCAGGACCCGCAGGUGCCCGGGGAGAAGAUGGCCCAGAAGGACUGAAGGGGCAGGCGGGGCUGGCUGGCGAGGAGGGGCCUCCCGGCUCAGCUGGGGAGAAGGGCAAGCUUGGGAUGCCAGGUCUCCCAGGCUACCCAGGACGUCCAGGCCCUAAGGGAUCUAUUGGAUUUCCUGGGCCACUGGGACCAUUAGGAGAGAAAGGAAAGCGGGGGAAGGCGGGCCAGUCAGGGCUGGAAGGAGAGCGAGGACCACCAGGCUCCCGUGGAGAAAGAGGGCAACCAGGUGCCACAGGACAGCCAGGCCCCAAGGGAGAUGUGGGCCAGGAUGGCCCCACUGGGAUCCCUGGAGAAAAGGGCCUCCCUGGACUGCAAGGAUCCCCUGGAUUCCCUGGGCCAAAGGGUCCACCUGGCCCCCAGGGAAAGGAUGGGAGACCUGGGCACCCUGGACAGAGAGGAGAAUUGGGCUUCCAAGGUCAGACAGGCCCACCUGGACCAGCUGGUGUUGUGGGGCCUCAGGGAAAGACAGGAGAAGCAGGGCCUUUGGGUGAGAGGGGACCCCCAGGUCCACCUGGACCUCCUGGUGAACAAGGUCUUCCAGGCCUGGAAGGCAGAGAGGGAAGCAAGGGGGACCCAGGACCAUCAGGACCCCUUGGAAAGGAAGGUCCACCUGGACCUAGGGGCUUCCCUGGUGCCCAAGGAGCCCCUGGGGACCUGGGACCUACUGGUUUGAAGGGUGACAAGGGCCCCCCGGGCCCCAUCGGGGCCAAUGGCUCCCCUGGUGAGCGGGGUCCUGUAGGCCCAACAGGAGGCAUUGGGCUUCCUGGCCAAAGUGGAGGCCAAGGCCCUGUUGGCCCCGCAGGCGAGAAAGGGUCCCCGGGUGAACGUGGAGCACCAGGCUCCACUGGCAAAGAUGGGAUCCCAGGGCCCCUGGGGCUCCCUGGACCCAGCGGAGCUGUUGGACCUUCUGGCGAGGAAGGGGACAAGGGUGAAGUGGGUGCCCCUGGUCACAAGGGAAGCAAAGGCGAUAAGGGGGAUGUGGGCCCACCUGGACCAACAGGGGUACGAGGUCCUGCAGGACACCCAGGCUCCCCGGGAGCAGACGGAGCUCAGGGACGCCGGGGACCCCCAGGUCUCUUUGGACAGAAAGGAGAUGAUGGAGUCAGAGGCUUCGUGGGGGUGAUUGGUCCCCCUGGCCUGCAGGGGAUGCCAGGCCCUCCUGGAGAGAAAGGGGAGGUCGGAGACGUAGGGCCCAUGGGUCCCCAUGGAGCUCCAGGCCCCAGGGGCCCCCAUGGACCCAGUGGAUCAGAGGGCCCUCCUGGGCUGCCUGGAGGAGUUGGUCAGCCUGGCGCUGUGGGUGAGAAGGGUGAGCCAGGGGAGGCUGGAGACCCAGGACCCACAGGACCUCCAGGCAUCCCGGGAACCAGGGGAGAAGUUGGUGAAAAGGGGGACUCAGGCCCAUCUGGUGCUGCUGGACCCCCGGGCAAGAAAGGCCCCCCUGGAGAGGAUGGAGCCAAAGGGAGUGCGGGCCCCACAGGGCUCCCAGGAGAUCUAGGACCCCCAGGAGACCCUGGAACUUCGGGUAUAGAUGGUGCUCCAGGGGAGAAGGGAGACCCUGGUGAAGUUGGGGGUCCGGGCCCGCCUGGUGCUUCUGGGGAACAGGGCCCUCCUGGGCCCCCUGGCAAAAGGGGUCCUUCAGGCCGCAUGGGUCCGGAAGGCAGAGAAGGGGAGAAAGGUGCCAAGGGGGAGCCAGGCCCUGAUGGCCCCCCAGGGAGGACAGGCCCAAUUGGGGUUCAAGGGCCCCCUGGGCAUGUUGGGCCUGAGGGUCUUCGAGGGAUCCCUGGUCCUGUGGGUGAACCAGGCCUCCUGGGACCCCCUGGACAGAUGGGCCCUCCUGGCCCCCUGGGCCCCUCUGGCCUUCCAGGACUGAAGGGAGAUGCUGGCAUCAAGGGGGAAAAGGGCCACAUCGGAUUAAUUGGCCUCAUCGGCCCUCCUGGAGAGGCUGGAGAGAAAGGGGAUCAGGGAUUUCCAGGCAUUCAGGGCCCCCCUGGCCCCAAUGGAGACCCUGGUCUUCCGGGUCCUGCUGGCUCCUUGGGUCCCCCAGGGGCCCCCGGUGUGGCGGGCCCUCUGGGACAGAAGGGAUCAAAGGGCUCCCUGGGAUCCCUUGGUCCCCGAGGGGACACUGGCCCCCCAGGGCCUCCUGGGCCUCCGGGUCCCCCAGCGGAGCCGCACGGGCUGCGCCGCCGCCGGCGCUCGGUCCCAAUCCUGGGGACGCCGGAAGAGGCCUCGGCAGGCGGCCUGGAGGAGGUGCUGGCCUCGCUCACGUCGCUGAGCUUCGAGCUGGAGCGGCUGCGGCACCCGGCCGGAACUGCGGAGAGCCCGGGCCUGGUUUGCGGCCAGCUGCACCGCAAUCACCCUCACCUGCCAGACGGGGAAUACUGGAUUGACCCUAACCAGGGCUGCGCCAGGGACGCGCUCAGGGUUUUCUGCAACUUCACCGCGGGUGGAGAGACCUGCCUCUACCCGGACAAGAAGUUUGAGACCGUGAAACUGGCCUCCUGGUCCAAGGAAAAGCCAGGAGACUGGUAUAGCACAUUCCGUCGAGGGAAGAAGUUCUCCUAUGUGGAUGCUGAUGGGUCCCCAGUGAGUGUGGUACAGCUGACCUUCCUGAAGUUGCUAAGUGCCACGGCCCACCAGAGCUUCACCUACUCCUGCCAGAACUCAGCUGCCUGGCUAGAUGAAGCCACUGGUGACCAUGGCCGCUCCCUCCGCUUCCUGGGGACCAAUGGGGAAGAGCUGUCCUUCAAUCACACGGAAGCAGCCAUCAUCAGUAUCCCUUAUGAUGGUUGCCGGCUCCGGAAAGGACAGGCAAAGACCCUCUUGGAGUUCAGCUCUUCUCGAGUGGGUUUUCUGCCCCUGUGGGAUGUGGCGGCUACUGACUUUGGCCAGACAAACCAGAAGUUUGGGUUUGAGCUGGGCCCUGUCUGCUUUAGCAGUUGA